AUGCUCAGGGCCAUCUCCUGUUGUUUUGGAGGGUCUUCAGUCGACGGCCGAGAUGUCUCCCAGCAGACCCCUAUCUACCUCUACCAGCAGACCCACCCACCAGCAGCCCAACAGAGCCAGCCUCCUGUCUCCGAGCAGACCCAGGAUGUCGUCGCCCAAUCUGCUGACACUCAAACCCAGACCCCUGUUUCCCAGCAGCCAAAGUUCCCUCCUCCGCCCGAUCCGUUUGGCCCUUGGCUCCAUCCCGUCGAGUGUCUCAUCAACACUGCUCGCGAUGAACCCGAUGCCCUUCUGAUCAACACUUACGAGAACGGUGCCUCGGAGCGACUCAGCUAUCUCCAGGUGUGGAAGCAAGCCUAUUCCAUCGCCCAGGCCCUCAAGGCUCUCCCUGGCUGGAACGACGACGGCCACGAGGUCAUCGGCACCUUCUGUGAGGCCGAAUCCAGCUGGGCGAUCGACUCGCUCGCCGUGUGGAUUCUUGGCAAGAAAACACUCAACCUUGCUCUCAACCUGCCACCUGCAGCCCGCAGGGCCCUGUGCGAGAGACAUGCGAUCAAGUACAUCCUCCACCAUCGUACCAAGCCCGGCCGCACCGAAGGCGUGACAUUGGUUGAUGCCGCCACCUUCCCGGUGUUGGACAACAUUCCACCUCCGUCUCUCAAAGUCUGUGAGCCUCUCGAUGAGUUUGUAGCAUAUACUUGCACCUCCGGAACAACAGGCAUUCCGAAGACAUACAAGUUCCCUCAUACUGGCGCAAUUACUGGCCGAGGUGCGCUGGGGCUCGAGUAUGUGAGUUCCGGGCUGUGCCAGGCACCUUCGUUCGGUGUUACACUCUUUUUUUUGCUUUGCGCCCUGAAUCUCAAAGGAUCCGUUUGGUUUCCCGAGCCCACACCCAAUACUGUGGACAAGGUUAAGGGCAUCAUCAGAAUGCUGGAUGAUGGUGUGUGGCAUUUGUAUGUGACGCCAUCGUUCAUGAAGAUGAUCAUCAGUGUCGCUCAGACUCAGAAUCCGAAAGUCAAGUGGAAUGAGAUGAGAAAGAUCGGUUUGGGAUCCGAGCUUGUGCCCGCAAACGUUGUUCAAAUGACCAGAGAUGUUUGUCCUAAGGCCGAUAUCCAGAUCUUCUACGCAUCCAGUGAGUCUACCGUCAUUGGGGCUGCCUCUCUUCUCAACUAUCCGGCCAGCGUCACCAUGAUUCCAGACAAGCUGGUUUACAGACUCGUGAAGCCCGGUGUGCGCUGUAUCCUCUUUGACGAAGAGGGCAACAUUGUCGACCAGAAGGUCUCCAAGAGCGGCGUGCUUGGCUUUGCCGUCGACAAGGACCAUCCCAUCAAGGAUCACCCGAGCUUUGUCAGUGCAAAUCCGAAUGACAAGCUCGCCUCGUUCGGCUUCCUCGAGGAUGGCUCGCCCCGUGUCUGCACCAUGGACUGGGUCGAGAUGGUUGGCGAGAAAGAGUUCACUGUGGUUGGAAGAUUCGACCAGAAGAUCAAGGUCAACGGUGUCUAUGUCGACCUCAACGCCCUCGAGGAGCUGGUCUACAAGCACAUGCCUGAUACCAUCAAAGACUGCACCUUUGUCCAAACCAUCGAGAAGCAGAUCGUGAUGCUCUACGUCGUUCGAAAGGGAUCGGGCUUCAAAGUAACUCCCAGCGAGAUGAUCCGUCGCAUCGAGGAACUAUUUACCCUCGAGAACGUCGCCAAGUUCCCGAUCCACAACGUCUUCGAGCUUUACCAGUUCCCCUUCAAUGACUCGGGCAAGCGCGACCUCAAGAAGCUCAGGCGUUUCGCCGAGCAUGCCAAGUACUUUGGCGAGUCGGUUAUCUAUCCAACCCUUGACAUCGCCAACACUCCCCUGUCCCGCGCGGCCGCCAAGAUCUCCACACUUGGCAGCCAGAUCAUCGACAACCCCGCCCUCGACGGCCGCAACUACUAUAUCGGCGGUGUCGGCUUUGACUCGCUGAGUGUCGGCCGUCUGGCCCUCGCCAUCAAGGACGAGCUGGAUGUCGAGAUCUCGCCACUGAUCUUGCUGUCGAACGGAAUGACGCCGCUCGAUGUCGCCCAGCUGGUUGUCGACAUCCUCGACGACAAACCGAUGAUUCCCCCGACCGUCCAUCUGGCUGCUGAGGCCGCCAAGCUCGACGAUGCGAGUGUGACGGCCGAGGGUCUCCCUCCGUUUGUCUAUCCCAAGGACCCUCGCGGCAUCGUCCUGACCGGUGCCACUGGCUUCCUCGGUGCCUUCCUGGUCUUUGAGCUGGCCCACAAGUUCCCUCGGGCCAAGAUCUACUGCCUGGUCCGAGCCAAGGACGAGCAGGAGGCUGUCGAGCGCAUCAUCAGCACGGCUCAGAAGCUGGUCCUCGAUCCGAGCCAGAGAGCCUUCCUUGACCACAACCUCAAGUCUCGACUCGUUGGACUGUGCGGCAACCUGUCGAAGAACAAGUGGGGACUCUCGGACGAGCGAUGGAAGGAGAUCAGCGAGGAGACCGACAUGAUUGUCCACAACGGCGCCGAGGUCCACUGGCUGUUUGACUAUGACAGACUCAGGGGACCCAACGUCCUCGGCACGACGACGGCCCUGAGACUGGCCACAACCCACCACCUGAAGCCGCUGCACUACAUCUCGACCAUCGGCACGAUCCCGAUGGCCAAGAAGGCAGACAAGCCGCUCGAGGAGAAGAUCUACUCGGCCUGGAACAUCUCUGGCGGCUAUUCGCAGACCAAGUGGGUCUCUGAGCAGCUGGUCAACAAGGCACGAUCCAGGGGAGUGCCGGUGACCAUCAUUCGCCCAGCUGGCAUCGUCGGCGACAGCCAGUACGGAGUGUCCAACUCUGAUGACUACAUCUGGCGAUAUGUCAAGGGAUGCAUCCAACUUGGUGUUGCUCCGUCGUAUGCCACUCCCGUCACCCUGACCAUGGAUCCCGUCGACCACGUCGCCAAGGUGGUUGCCGAGAUUGCCGGCUCUGAGGAGUCCCUGUCCAAGUUUGUGUUCCACAUCAGCGACUCGGAGCACAGUGUCCUCUCCGAGACCAAGCUGUUCGAGAUCGUCAACUCCUUUGGCUGGCCCGUCCUCUUUGAAACUCGUGAGAAGUUCAAGUACAUCCUUUCCACCAACCCCUUGUUCGACCAAAAUGCCCUGUCCCCGCUCAUGCACAUGAUGAUGGACAUGUCCUUCAAGCUCGACAACGCCAACACCCGCUCGAUCUACCCGACUCCCUGUCCCUCGACUGUGCUGAUCGCCAAGAAGUGUCUCAGCUACUUGAACCACGCCCACUUCCUUCCCAACCCCAUCCAGCCGUCGAGCGAGCUCAAGGACGACGAGUAUCCCGAAGUCAGCAUCUUCACCCGCACCGGCCGCAACUGA